GGUUGGGAGUGAUUAUUCUGGAAGGUGAAGAAGAGUCUGGUGUGGAAGAUGAGGAGCAAUCCCAUGUGAAAAGUGAGGAGCAAUCCCAUGUGGAAGGUGGGGAUUGAUCCUGUGUGGAAGGUGAGGAAGGCUCCUGUGGGGACUGAUCUGGUGUGGAAGGUGAGGAAGAGUCUGGUUUGAAAGGGGAAGAGGAGUUCAGUGUGGAAGGUGAGGAAGGGUUCAGUGGGGAAGAUGAGGAACAAUCCCAUGUUUGUGGGAUUGGUGAGGAAUGGUCCUCUGUGGGAGCUGGGGGCCAUGGAAGGUGAGGAAGAAUCCCAUAUGGAAGGUGAUGAAGAGUCUGGUGUGGAAGGUGAGGAAAGCUCCAGUGUGGAGGGUGAGGAGCAAUCCUGUGUGGAAAGUGAGGAAAGCUCCAAUAUGGAAGGUGAGGAGCAAUCCUGUGUGGAAAGUGAGGAAAACUCCAGUGUGGAGGGUGAGGAGCAAUCCCACGUGGAAAGUGAGGAAAGCUCCAGUGUGGAGGGUGAGGAGCAAUCCCAUGUGGAAAGUGAGGAAAGCUCCAGUGUGGAAGGUGAGGAGCAAUCCCAUGUGGAAAGUGAGGAAAGCUCCAGUGUGGAAGGUGAGGAGCAAUCCCAUGUGGAAAGUGAGGAAAGCUCCAGUGUGGAGGGUGAGGAGCAAUCCCAUGUGGAAAGUGAGGAAAGCUCCAGUGUGGAAGGUGAGGAGCAAUCCCAUGUGGAAAGUGAGGAAAGCUCCAGUGUGGAAGGUGAGGAGCAAUCCCACGUGGAAAGUGAGGAAAGCUCCAGUGUGGAGGGUGAGGAGCAAUCCCAUGUGGAAAGUGAGGAAAGCUCCAGUGUGGAAGGUGAGGAGCAAUCCCAUGUGGAAAGUGAGGAAAGCUCCAGUGUGGAAGGUGAGGAGCAAUCCCAUGUGGAAAGUGAGGAAAGCUCCAGUGUGGAGGGUGAGGAGCAAUCCCAUGUGGAAAGUGAGGAAAGCUCCAGUGUGGAAGGUGAGGAGCAAUCCCAUGUGGAAAGUGAGGAAAGCUCCAGUGUGGAAGGUGAGGAGCAAUCCCACGUGGAAAGUGAGGAAAGCUCCAGUGUGGAGGGUGAGGAGCAAUCCCGUGUGGAAAGUGAGGAAAGCUCCAGUGUGGAGGGUGAGGAGCAAUCCUGCGUGGAAGGUGGGGAUGGAUUUUAUGUGGAAGGUGAGGAACGUUCCAGUGUGGAAGGUGAGGAAGAGCCUGCUGUAGAAGACAACCCAAAGAACCAUUUGGGGUGGGCUGGACGGGCCUCGUGCCUCUGAUCCCACAAUCUCCUGGUGUUCCAUGGCCCCCACAAGCCACGUGCAGCGCUCGUUCUGUGCCAGCCCUGAGCCAGACCUCCCCCAGUGCAGCUACAGCAGGAUUUAAACUCACAACCAAAACCUGGUUUUAUCCUCCAGGCCCUCAGGUCCAUCCCAAAUCCCGCGGCGAAUGCUGAGGAGCGCUCUGGCUCCCGGCAAUUAAACCCCGCUAACGACGGAAUCGCUCGUUCCGUCCCUCGUGAUUGCAGAGGGACGCUCCUGGCGCAGCCUCUUAACGAGCGCCUUC